AACAUGACGGACGCAGAGCAAACGUUACGUGUUUUUUUGGACAAAAUUUUGGACGAAAAAAAUUACAAGCCGCGUGAAAUAAAAAUUAAAGCAAUACCGACUGACGGAGGCAAUUAUACAUCAGUGCUGUUCAUUGUUAACGUCUCAUCUCCAAAUCGAGAUGAGCUAAAACUCUUCGCGAAAGUUGGGUGUGUGGGAGAAAACUUGAGACUGCAAAUGAAUGCGGAUUGGCUUUAUGGAAACGAGAGAUUUGUUUACACAAAACUGGUUAAAAUAUAUAAAGACUUAGAAGAUGAAUUGAACAUACCCAAUGAAUACAAAUAUUUGUUUCCAAAAUUUUACGGCUGCAAAGAAGAUAGAGGUAAAGAAACAGUCGUGCUUGAGAAUUUGACUGAGAGUGGUUAUAAGACUUUUGACAGAUUUAAAUCCAUGGACUGGGAACACGCUAGCGCAGGUGUCGAAAAUUUAGCUAAGCUCCAUGCUCUAUCAUUCGCUUUCGCGAAAUAUCAUCCCGAGGAAUUUAAUGAGCUCACAUUAGAUUUGAAAUUUAAGAUUACUUUUGACGAAACGCAACAUAAUGAUUUUGCCAAAGAGAUGUGGGAGAAGAUGAUCAAUGCUUCUUUACAAAUUUUAAAAGAAGAUCAAAGGGAAGCAGUCGGGCGCGUAUUGUAUGAGAAUCAGAGCAAUUUUACCAAAUAUAACAAUCCAAUUGGUAAUCCUGUUAUUGUGCACGGAGAUUAUAGAAUGAGUAACCUUUUAUUCCGGAAACAGGACGAUACACUUCAAGCGAUUACCGUUGAUUACCAAACCGUCUACGCGGGGACUCCGGUUUGUGACCUAAUUUAUUUCAUCGCAUUGGGGUCUGAUGAAGAGUUCAGAAAGCAGUACUAUGAUAAAUUACUGGACCACUAUUAUACAAAGUUAGAAGAAGCGUUGAAGAGGUUUUCCGUGGAUCCACUAGAGGCUUAUCCAAAGACGAAAUUUAACAGCGAUCUGAAGGAGAUGCUGCCAUAUGCUGUGCUGUUGGGCGUGACGGUUCUCCCCGUGGUAACAGUCGAUGCCGCAUCUGCGCCUAAAGUUGAUGGCGACGCUGACGGCAGCAGUUUCAUCAUGGCACCCAAUGAACAAUACGCUGAGCGGUUCCGUGGACUUAUUAAUGACUUAUGCAAAUGGGGCGUUAUUUAACGAUAGCAUUUAAUAUAAGUUCAUAGUUAUUCAAGUGUUGUUAGUUAAUAAUCGGUAUAAGAUAUGUUAAUUAUAGGGUCGGAUUAAUCACGUCGGGGCCCCUAGGCAUUGUAGGUCUCGAUGCCCCAUUAACCUUUUCCAAAAAUAUUUUUUUAUCUGCCUAAAGUCUUUUAGCCGAUGCAGAGCCCCUAGGCAGUUGGCAACACUGCCCAAUGGAUAAUUCGGUCCUGAUUUUAUAAAUUAUAAUAGGUCUCAUAAGCUGGACUUCGCUUUAAAAUAAAGUGCCUGGUGCGGGUACGAAAUACUUGCAAAUGUAUUAAUUAUAAGUAUUUGUUAUAUACAUUUGUAUUAUAUUUUAUAUUCAUAAGUAAAAUCGAUUUCUAUAUGCCGCUAUCACUAUAGAUUCAUCAUAUAUUCUACCGCCAAGCAGCAAUAAAGUUGUAUUGUUGUGUUCCGAUUUGAAGGGUGAGUGAGAGUAGUUAUACGCACAAGGGAGAUAACAUUGGUUACGUAAGAAAUUAUUAAAAUCUCUAUAUAUAUAUAGACUAUGGGCAGUGGUGAACAUUUGCACCUCUGCCUACUUUUGCCAAAAAAAAAGACAAAUACAUUCAAAGUAUUGUAACUUGGUUUUGUGUUUUUAAAUACGCGAACUUUGAACUUGUUCUAGUAUUUCAUUUUACAAAUACAAAUAAUACAUAAUUUCUAUUUAACACGUAUAUCAUGUGUAAUUUAAUCACAAAGGCAGCCAUUGUAAUAUAGUUACCUAUAUAUUCAGUUAUUAUAGAUAUAUCUUUUUAUGUAACAAAUGUUUUUGUAGAUAUUUUUACUAAAAUUUUGUUUGUGUUUUUUGAUUUUUUUUUUACUUGUUUAAAUGUGCAGACUUAUUUAAUCAUUACUGUUUGGAAUACCUCUUUUGACAUUAAUAAAGUUUUAUUUUUCUUA